AUGGCGAUCGCUGUCAACGUUGACAUCGCGCAGGCCGAAGCACCGCGCUUCGAGAAGGUCUACUGGACCAAGGAGCCCCAUCUCCGCAAGCUUUACUUCUCGACCAUCUUCCUCAUGGUCGCCUCGGCUACGAGCGGUUACGAUGGUAUGCUCGUCAACACGUCCCAGCAGAUGUCGCGGUUUAAGGACUUCUUUGGUGACGGUGUCUCGGACAACAACAAGCUCGGCAUCCUCAUCAACAUGUUCAACAUUGGUUCCAUCAUCUCCUUCUUCAUCACUCCUUACGUGGCCGACAACUACGGACGUAAGAUGGCCAUCGUGGCUGGCUGUUGUUUCAUGGUUGUCGGCGGCUGCAUUACCGCCUUCUGCAACGGCUGGGGAAUGUACAUCGGCGGUCGUUUUAUUCUCGGUUUCGGCAACUCUUUGGCUCAGAUGUCGUCGCCCCUGCUCCUGACCGAGAUUUGCCAUCCUCAACACCGUGGUCCUGUUACUGCCAUAUACAACUGCUUGUGGAACUUGGGCGCGCUCAUUGUCUCUUCCAUCGGGUGGGGAACCUCUUACGUUGGCAACGACUGGUCCUGGCGGUCCAUCACCUUUAUUCAGAUCGUCCCCUCCGUCGUCCAGCUCGUGGGAAUCUGGUGGGUGCCGGAGUCCCCGCGUUAUCUCUGCAACAAGGACCGCUCCGAGGAAGCCCUUGCGGUUCUGGCCAAGCACCACGCCGGCGGCGACUACAACAACGCCACUGUUCAGUUCGAGUUCCGCGAGAUGAAGGAGACCAUUACCAUGGAGAGAGACGCGUCGAAGACGACCAGCUACUUGGACUUUCUUAGAACAAAGGGCAACAGGUGGCGUCUCGCCAUUGUCAUUUCCCUCGGUGUCAUCUCCCAGUACUCGGGCAACGCGCUGUUCUCCAACUACAUGGACGCCAUCUACAUAGGAGCGGGCAUCACUGAACAGAACCAGAAGCUCGCCAUCUCCACCGGCAAGUCGAUCCUCGAUCUCUCGUGCUCUAUCGGAGCCGCCCUGACGGUCGACUACUUUGGUCGUCGCCCUCUGUUCCUCGUGUCUAUGAGCGGUAUGGUCGCCGCCUUCGUCUUGUGGACCAUCACCGGUGCCGUCUACGAGAACUCGGGCGGCUCCAACGCGGGUUCCGGCUACGCCCAGCUGGUCUUCAUCUGGAUCUUUGGCAUCUUCUACGACAUUGGGUUUUCCGGUCUGCUCGUCGCUUAUGCUCUCGAGGUUCUGCCCUUCCAUCUCCGUGCGAAGGGUAUGAUGAUUAUGAACAUCCCCGUUCAAGCCAUUCUGGCCAUCGGAAACCAAACCAACAAGGUCGCGUGGGACAACCUUCCCAACCACUGGAACUUCAUGCUGUUCUACACCCUGUGGGACGCGGUCGAGCUCGUCUUUGUCUACUUCUUCUACGUCGAGACCAAGGGUCCCACACUCGAGGAGAUCUCCAAGAUCUUUGAUGGUGACGCCGCCAUUGGCCAGGUCGACGCCGCCCAGCUUGAGAAGGAGAUUCAAGCCGAUCACCACGAGGAGGACAUUAACACGCGGGCUGCGCACAGCGAGAAGACGGCUGCUUGA